CCUCUCAAACCCCAUCGACCCAUCCAUCCAUCAGCUACUCAAACCAACAGUUUCUCCAGCUAGUACGUGCUCAACCUCACAAACCUACGUGCAUCCAUCCAUCCAUCGAUCAGCAAUGUCGACCAUGUCGUGCUCCUCUAACCUCUCGCUCAACGCACACUCCCUCCUCGGCAGCCCUGCCGGCCGGACCGUGCCGCCAGCUGCCCGCCUGCUCCUCCUGCAGAAGCCUCCCACCGGCAUCCACGGAGCGUACACUACCUCUCGGCCACGACGCCCGUCGUCUCAUGUCACGUCGGCGGUGUCAGCCGACGAAGCGCCACCGACCAAGGAGAAGAAGGCGGACUCCUUCGUCGGGGACAUGGAGCGCGGCACCCUGGCUGAGGAGUCCGGCCGCUCCGACGGCGAGCUGACGUCGCGGUGGCGGGAGAUGCACGGCUGCAACGACUGGGACGGCCUGCUGGACCCCAUCGACAGGACGCUCCGCGGGGAGCUCAUCCGCUACGGCGAGUUCUCGCAGGCCUGUUACGACUCCUUCGACUACGACCGCUACUCCCGCUACGCCGGCACCUGCAAGUACGCCCAGGACUCCUUCUUCAAGAACGUCGGCCUCGCCGGCGUCGGCUACGACGUCACCCGCUACCUCUACGCCACCUCGCACGCCCGCUUCCCCAGCUUCGGCGUCCAGAAGCACAACCCCAGCGAUGACCGGAUGUGGAGCGAGACCGGUACCUUCAUCGGCUUCAUCGCCGUGUCCACGGACGAAGAGACGGCGCGCAUCGGCCGCCGGGACAUCGCCGUCGCCUGGCGAGGCACCGUCACAAAGCUCGAGUGGAUCGCCGACAUAACCGCGUUCCUCAAGCCCAUCGGCCAGUUUGGGCUGCCGUGCCCUGACCCGAGCGUGAAGGUGGAGGAGGGCUUCGCGGAGCUCUACACCAGCAAGAACCCCGACUGCAAGUACUGCAAGUACUCGGCGCGGGAGCAGGUGCUCGCCGAGGUGCGGAAGCUGGUGGAGCGGUACACCGGGCAGGGCGAGGAGGUGAGCGUCACCGUCACCGGCCACAGCCUCGGCGCCGCGCUUGCCGUGCUCUGCGCCUACGACAUCGCCGAGACGCGCGCCAACGUGUCCACCGGAGGUGCCAAGGCCCCGGUCUGCGUCUUCUCCUACUCGGGCCCGCGCGUGGGGAACCCCAUGUUCAGGGAGCGGUUCGAGGGCGAGCUGGGCGUGAAGGCGCUGCGCAUCCUGAACGUGCACGACUCGGUGCCCAAGGUGCCCGGCAUCUUCACCGAAGCCGUCCUCCCGAUGCCGUUGCUGCGGAUCGCCGGGGCUCUCGGCCUGCCCAGCGUCUACUCCCACAUCGGCGUGGAGCUGGCGCUCGACCACAAGCUCUCGCCCUUCCUCAAGGACGUCUUCGACCUCGCGUGCUACCACAACCUCGAAGCGCACCUCCACCUUCUCGACGGCUACCAGGGCCGCGGCAAGGAGUUCAAGCUCGGGGGUAGGGACCCGGCACUCGUGAACAAGGCCGCCGACUUCCUCAUGGACGAGCACAUGGUGCCUGACGGGUGGCGCCAGGAGUUGAACAAGGGCAUGGUCAGGACGGAGGAUGGGCGGUGGAUGCUGCCGCAUCGCCCGAGGAAUGUUGAGGAACACCCAGAAGACACCGAUCUCCACCUCGCUGAGCUCGGCCUUGCCGCCCCCGUCACCGCCAAGGCCACCGCUGCCGCCACCGCCACCGCCAACGUCUGAUCGUUCCAUCAUGGGCCGGACAUGCACAUGUCAAUUCAUCAUCACUAUAUUGCAAGUAGUAUAUAUAUACUUGCCAUGACUAUACUAGUUAGUUACGAUGGAGUUACCCUAUCUUAGAAAAUGGAGUAGCCUUAAUGGAAUUUUCGAGCAUCAAAUAAUCUUAGGGUAAAUUAUUGUCUGCCAAUAAUAAAAAUAAGAUAAAGAGCACUAGUUAAAGUGAGAUAUUUUUUGUA